AUGGAGGAACAUCAUACAACAUUUGAAAAAUCGGGUGUCACGGUGGACGAGAUUCUCCAAUGCUCAUUUUCCAACUGGUGUGGCCUGUUCAAGGAGCAUUUGUACCCAUACAGAGUGAUUAAUCCACUUCCACCAAACUUUAUCGACUAUUUGCUUAGUGAUGGUAUAAAAUUGGCAGCAAGGAACGUGCAGCUAGAACUGACAAGUGAUAAUGAGUAUAGCGACUGGGAAGAGGACGAAGUGGGUGAGUCUGAGCCAGAGCCACAGCCUUUGCUUCUGAAGUUUACAGACUUGCACCAUCAAAUCAACAAUUUUGUAGAGGAGUUAGGUGGCAAGGUUAUCCCCAAGUUAAACUGGUCAUCUCCAAAAGAUGCUAGCUGGUUGAUACCGGGGAACACCAUUCGCUGUAUUGAAGCUGAUGACAUAUACCUAUUAUUAAAGUCAUCUGACCACAUAAUCGAUGACUUGUUGUAUCCUUUUCUGGAGGUUGAUAACGCAAGUAACGUUAAGGUAUCAUACGAAUUGGUUUUGAAGAGAUGGGAGGAUAUAAAUCCUGCCUUGGAGUUUAGGGUGUUUGUGAAGGAUGGUAGAAUUUUGGGUAUAUCGCAACGUGAUUUGAAUCACUAUGAGUUUUUAAAGGAUCUAGAGCCAGAACUCAAUGAGAGAAUUAACAAGUUUGUUUAUGAUGAAGCGAUUCCAAAGUUGAAUAUGAGUAAAUUUAUCCUUGAUGUGUAUAUACCGCGACCUUUUGAUAAGGUGUACGUUAUAGAUGUGAAUCCAUUUCUGCGAAAGUCUGAUUCAUUAUUGUUCACAUGGAAUGAGUUAUUGACGCAAACCCCAAAGGAUGACAAGGACCACCAAUUCAGGUUGAUAAAUGAGACAAAUCUUGGAGCUUUCGCUAGGAAACAGUACAGUGAAAGUCAAGUGCCAAUCGAUGUUGUUGGUGCGGCAAACGAUACAGAGGCAUUGAUUAAUUUGGCUAGAGAAUGGGACAAGUUGCAAGCGAAGGAGGUAGAUGAGAGCUAA